CAGACAGAGGGGGCUGCGGGAGGAGGACGGGCCAGGCAGGCGGUUCACAAGCGGCGCGUCGAUCUCUUUCUGCUCUGCUGGCGGCUUCAUCCGGAGCACAAACCAACCCGCCGAGCUCACCUAACCCCGACAAGGAUUUAUUUUAUUUCAUCCUAUUAUUUUCAUUUCUCCCAGGGACAUGUGUACCCCGUGCUGUAUCUCACAGUUGGCCUGCUGCUGCGGCUCAGCGGCCUGCUCGUGCUGCUGUAACUGCUGCCCCAAGAUCAAGCAGUCCACAGGAACCAGGAUCAUGUAUGCCUUGUAUUUCCUGUUAGUCACAGUCAUCUGUGUCAUCAUGAUGUCCCCCACUGUGGAAGAUGCAAUGAAAGACAAUAUCCCCUUCUACAAUGAGCUGUGUCAGAAGGUGAAUGCAGGGGAAAACUGCAAAAGUCUGGUUGGAUAUUCUGCAGUCUACAAAAUGUGCUUUGGGAUGGCUUGCUUCUUCCUAUUCUUCUCAAUCUUCACUGUACGAGUCAACAACAGCACAGGCUGCAGGGCAGCCAUACACAACGGAUUCUGGUUUCUGAAGUUUAUUGUCCUGGCAGCGUGUUGUUCCGGAGCGUUCUUCAUUCCACAGCAAGACACCUUUUUGGAAGUGUGGCGCGUCAUAGGAGCCACAGGCGGAUUCCUUUUUCUGCUUAUCCAGCUCAUGCUGUUGGUGGAGUUUGCACACAGAUGGAACACAAAUUGGAGUUCUGGAGUUGAAUAUAAUCGUCUUUGGUACGCAUCUUUGGCCUUAGUGACUCUGGUUCUGUUGAGUACAGCAGUGGGAUUGCUGGUACUCAUGAUUGUGAUCUACACCCACCCAGAGGCUUGUUUACUCAACAAGAUUUUACUGGGCAUCAAUGGCAGUCUCUGCCUCAUUGUCUCCAUGCUCGCCAUCUCCCCUUGCAUACAGAAAUUGCAACCCAAAUCUGGCCUCUUGCAGCCAGGAGUCAUCAGUCUAUACGUCAUGUACCUCACCUUCUCAGCCUUCUCCAGCAAACCAAAAGAGUUUUUGGACAUAAAUGGUGUGAACACAACCGUAUGCGUGUUCCCUCUCAACUCUGAGACAGAGAGCGACAAGAAGAUAGUCACUGCCAUUGGAACUACCAUCAUGUUUGGCUGUAUACUUUAUUCCUGCUGGACGUCCACUACAAGGCGAAGCUCUGCAGCACUCAGAGUGUAUACGGUCGGUGAGCCAGAGACUGAGAUUGCCCGCUGCUGUUUCUGCUGUGGUAAUGACACAGAUGACUAUGAUGAAGAGGGGAUUGGCUCAGGACAAAACGUGAUGUAUGAUGAAAGAGAGGCAACCAUCUACAACUAUUCAUUCUUUCACUUCGUCUUCUUCCUGGGGUCGCUUUAUGUCAUGAUGACCGUCACCAACUGGUUCCACUUUACUGACCAUAAGAUCGAGAAGCUGCUGGACGGUAGCUGGUCGGUGUUCUGGAUCAAAAUGACCUCCUCCUGGGUGUGUCUCUUCGUCUACAUGAUGACCCUCAUCGCUCCUAUGAUGUGCCCGAAGCGCUUUGAGGCCUAGUUCAUACAAAUGUACACAAGAUUCAGGCUACUGAUCUGUAAGAAGACGCCCAGCUCAGCUCCAAUGCUGGAAUAAGGGACCAGUACACACUUCUCUUGAACCACAACCCUCAGCAUUCAACGUGGAGGAUUAUCUGUUGCCUUUUGUUUUAUAUGCUAGUGUCUUUGUUUUACAAAGUUAAACUGUUAAUACUUUUGAUGGUAAUUUUGUAUUAUUUUACUACCACUGACUGGAGUUUUGUAUUACUUAUAGGCCUGAAAUUAGAUGCAGAUUUAUGACAUUUGUGUUGUACUCAGAAACAUUUCAACCCCAGCAGAUUCCCUGAAAAUGUCAGACUUGAAGGUGUGUGUAUUUUCUGUGUUUUUCUCAGACUCUUGCUUUUACACUCACCCAGGCAGUUCAGUUCUGUGUCGUUAAACCACAAAGUUGUAGCAAAGUUUGGGGGACAAAUUUAUUUCAAAGGAUGUUACAGAAAAUUUGUAUUUAUUUAAGUGUGAAUCAGAGGAGGAGUGUGGUGUAAAUGGAAUUAGAUUUGGUCCUGGCUAUGUUUUAAAACUCAUUUCUCAGGCUCAUGUUUAAUCUGUAUAUGUUGAUGCUUUAUUAUAUUUUGUAGGAGGUUUCUAUGCAGCAGAACAAGCCCUUCUCAAAGUUAGAAACCCGGUUGUGUGAAGUUUCACCUUCUCUCACAAGGAUCAAGUUUUACUAAUGGAAGUGCUCCCUUUUGAGCCAAAUCCUUUCCUAGAGAAAUCCACGUCUUCUAUACAUUUCCAGAAACCAUUGUGCAGGGUAGCCAUCUUCAAAUGAGCCUUCCCUACGUGAGAACGAUGUAGUGAAAUGUCAGCUCUCUGGAAGAGCCACAGUGACUUAGUUGAGGAGCUUUUGCCAAAGGUAGACAUCAGAAAAGUCUCAGAUCGUGGUCUGUUAUGGUGAAAUAUACAGCUGAGAAUGUGAUGCAUUUGCAAAAACGCACACACGCUCACAAAGCAGCUGUCUUCUCAUCCACUAUAAAUGGGUUCUACCACAUCAUUUAGUUUUGUCCGCACAUCAUGCUGGUCAGAAUAACAUGUCAAGACUGCUUUUAUAAGUGAGUUAUUCAGCACUGGCUGCCAGGUGUACUGGAUAAUUAAGACCUUCACCUGUUUACCUUUUAUGUUUUUUUUUUUUUGUGUGUGCGUUUGUGCUGUAUAAAAGUACAAUAUAUUGCACAUAAAGGUCAUUUUAUUUCUCAUUUCAUUAUUACUUUUCUCUUUUUGUCUUAUUGCAUUCCGUACAUGAUUUAUAAUAAGUUAUGUGUUCAUUUUGCUAUGGUGCUGCCAUAUGUGGACAAUUUCAUUUGACCUUUACUUUGAAUACCUGGAAAAUCUGUUACCUGACCUGUCUUUUUUGGAAACAUUUUUACAUUUUAAUUAUUUGUGUAAAUUUCAAAAUGUAGUGGUGGUCAGCAGCUGAUGUCAAACAAAAGGAAAAAAAAAAAGAAUGGGGCCAUUAUAAAAGGUGUAGACUACCAUGACUUACAGGAAUAUUAUGUGAUUGUAUUUUGUAAUGAAAACACGAACAUAUAUACGUAACAUGGAGUUCGUAUUUCUCACCCUCUUUCAAUAAAACAUUCAUGGAAAUCCAA